UGCCCCACACUUUGCUUUGUCCUAUAGGUUCCGGGUGGGUCACUUAUGGGGCUGCCCCACACCCCCUGUGUCCCCCCCCAAACCCUUAUGGGUCUCUAUGGGUCACUUAUGGGUCUCUCUGAGUCACUUGGGGGUCCCUAUGGGUCACUUAUGGGUCCCCGUGGGCUCUAUGGGUCACUUGGGGGUCACUUAUGGGUCUUUGUGGGUCACUAUGGGCUCUGGGGGUCACUUAUGGGUCCCUAUGGGUCACUUGGAGGUCACUUCUGGGUCUUUGUGGGUCACUAUGGGCUCUGUGGGUCACUUGGGGGUCACUUAUGGGUCUCAAUGGGUCACUUGGAGGUCACUUAUGGGUCCCUAUGGGUCACUUGGAGGUGACUUAUGGGUCUUUGUGGGUCUCUAUUGGUGCUGUGGGUCACUUGGGGGUCACGUAGUUCCUUGGGGGUCGCUCAAGGGUCAUUUAUGGGUCACUGUUGGCUUUAUGGGUCAUUUGGGGGUCAUUUAUGGGUCACUCAAGGGUCACUAUGGGCUCUGUGGGUCACUCGGGGGUCACUUAUGGGUCGCGGUGCCCCCCCCCAGGUGCUCUGUGGGGCAGUUGUGGGGCUGUUGGCCCCCCCCCGCGCCCCCCACUUUGGCUCCGGCUCUGCUCCAGACUUUGGGGGUCGCGGCCGCGCUUGGGGGGCAGCUCCUGCGCCCGCCCCCCCGCCUGCCCCACGGCGCCUGCCUGGACCUCCUCCGUGCCGUCAGCGGCGCCGCCAUCUUCUUUGUCACCGCUUUGGUCUCUUUGGCUUCGUCUCGCGACGCUUUGGCCGCCACCACCUUCACCUUCAGCCUCGUUCUCGCCUUCGUCUUCGCCUUCGACGCCGUCGUCACCUACAGAGCCAAGAUGGCGCCCGCCGUGGGGCAGGAUGCUGACUCGACCUAAGAUGGCCGCUCUGCCCCACGGCGCUGCCCUAUAACAACCCCCCCACCCUCCACUCCGCCCCACAAGUGUGGGGCGAGCGUGAAGAUCUGGAAGGUUCUCCAUGGUUGUGGUCAAUGUGGGGCAGCUAUGGGGCA